UUGGUUUAUGACUUAUAACUCUUUAAUGAUGACAAUAUAAUGUGUGGGGAAAAUUUAUCCAGAACCAAGGCUGCUAAAAGAAGGGGAAGGGCACUAUAUAAAGACGUUGAAGAAAUGCAAAUCAUAUUAAGGUUAUAUGCUAUUCCAAAAGAGUGGCUACAGAGGGCCAAAAUAUAUAGGAAGAUGUGUAGGGAAUGAGUAACUCUGAAGUAGUGAAGGACAAGACUAUAAAGAGCUUUGAAAGUUAUUAUUGGAUUUUCCGUUUGAAUGCAGAUAAAACUGGAAGGAGUUUGGGUGUGAUGUGUUGCAGACAUUUAAUCUUGAGAGCUUUUUGAUGUCAAGAUCCAUGUUCAGAUCACAGCUUUCAUACAAACAGCCCAGUGUUGUAGGCCCAGAUGGCAAAGUUAUUGCCGUGACACCAUGGUUAUCCCCAAUUGUAUGGGAAGGAACUUUUGAUCCGUUCCUGAUUGAUUCGAUCUACAGACAACAAAACAUCACCAUAGCAACUACAGUCUUCGCUCUUGGAAAAUACACGCAGUUUCUUAAAGAUUUCCUGGAGUCUGCAGAGCAGAAUUACUUUGUUGGAUUUCGUGUGCAUUAUUAUCUCUUCACUGAUCAACCAGAGCAGGUUCCUGAAGUAAACCUGGGUGAACAACGUCAGCUGACGGUGUUGAAAGUCCCUAGUUCUAACAGAUGGCAGGAGAUCACUUUACGCAGGAUGGAAAAGCUGGAGAAACUGAUUGAAAGUCGAUUGGUCAAUGAAGCUGACUAUGUUUUCAGCCUUGAUGUGGACACAAAGUUCUACGGGCAAUGGGGGGCAGAGUCUUUGGGUCGUCUUGUAGGUGUGAUACAUCCUGGUUACUAUCAAACACCACGUGAACAGUUCCCAUAUGAGCGCAGGCCCGAGUCUCAAGCAUACAUUCCUCAUGCUGAGGGUGAUUAUUAUUAUGGUGGAGCUGUGGUCGGUGGCUUAGUGAAAGAUGUACAUGAGGUUGCUAAAACCUGCCGGGAGCAACUGAACAUUGAUGCAGCUAAAUCCAUUGAGGCAGCAUGGCAGGAGGAGUCCCAUUUGAACAAGUACUUCCUUUAUAACAAACCCAGCAAGGUGCUCUCACCAGAAUAUCUGUGGCAGGACUUCAAACCUCACACAAAUGAAGUCAAAAUCAUUCGCUUUUCUCAAGUUAUUAAAAACUAUGCUGCAGUUCGUCCAAACCCAUAACAGCUGUGAACUGUAACAUUUAUGCACUUUAUUUGGAAUUAGUAUGAAAUAUCCUACCAGGCAUGAAAAUGUAACUGAAGUUUUUAAUUGAUAAAACCUGUGGCCAAAUAUUUAUUCAUUAGCUAUACAUCAGCAUUUGUUCUACUGCUCUCGAAGGUUAUUUGGAUGCAAUGCAUAAAACUGCAGGAAAACAGUUUUAUAAUUAAAUGGAAUCAAUGAGAGAUAAAA